AUAAUGAAACUCCGAGAAGGUUAAAAUAAAUAAAUAAUGAAAAAAAUCUAGUGUUUUUAUUUUUAAAGAAAAAUCCUAGUUAAUAGUGGAUUGGGAGUCUACGAUGAGAGAGAGAGGAAGGACAAAAGCUUGGGAUCGGAAAAGCAGAUAUCAAACAUGGGAUGGUCGGACAGCGCUGGACAGAGAGGCGGCGCGACUACAAGGGAGAAGCAGCUACACAAGGAGAUCAGAUACAGGAGGAUACGUGGGACAUCGCAGGCAGCAAAAGACGAUGGGAGAUUGGGGUUACGAUAAGGGGGUGUACAGACAGGCAACAGCCUUCUUCUUUACUAAUUUCCCUGAGGAGUGGAGUUACACAGAUAUGUGGUCAACCUUUCGCAGGUUCGGAAGAGUGAUAGCAAUUUACAGCCCGUUGAAAAGAAAUAAGAGUGGGAGCAGAUUCGGCUUUGUCAGGUUCUUGGAUGUCAAGAACGAAAAGGAGCUGGAGAGACAACUAGAUCAGAUCCGGAUUGAAGGUAGGAAAAUAUGGGUGAAUGUGGCUAAGUAUCCAGAGGAAAAAGUAGCAGUGAAGGAGAUAAACAAAACCGCACCCAUAGUUAACACUAUCCAGAACAGAUCGUAUGCUGAAGUAGCUGGCGGGCAUGUAGGAGUGAAGGAAAGGAAAACAGAGGGUAUUCAAAUACCACCACAACUACGAGACGUUCAAAGGAACCACAGGAAAUCAGAAGGAAACGGGCAGCCGGUGAGGAGACAGACAUGGAGAGUGAAAAGUAGAAGAGAGGAAUGGUCCGGCUUUGAGUAUGAAGUUAAAGACGAAGAUUUUGAGUGGUUGCAGGGGUGUUAUGUCGGGAUAGCCCACUCUGUGGAAAUUGUUCCAAAUUUGCAGGAAAAGUUCUACAUGGAAGGCUAUUUCACAUGCCGGCUACGUGCUAUGGGAGGCAAGUUGGUUCUCAUGGAUUGUGAGGACAAGGGAGAACUUGUAGACUUAGUGCAGGGUGCAUCAGAUUGGUUAGGCCAGUGGUUUUCAGAGGUGAAGCCUUGGUCUCCAAAAGAGGUGGCAAAAGAGAGAUUUGCAUGGUUAAGAUGCCAGGGAGCUCCACUACACGCAUGGGGUCCAGAUUUCUUUGAGAGAAUGUCAUCAGCUUGGGGCAAGUUUAUUUGUUUGGACGAUAGCACAAGCAAUAAGAGGAGAUUUGAUAUAGCAAGAUUCCUCAUCUCAACGCCAAUCAUGGAUUCAAUCUCAGUUAGGAGGCAAAUCAAAGUGAAUGGGGAAUUAUUCAGUUUAAAAUUCUCCGAAGAGGAAUGGUCCAAUAGCCUCUUCUCACUGAAACAGGACUUCAUCCCAAGGUUUGCGAGUGACUCGGAGAUUGAAGAACAUUGGUCUGAAAAAGUAAGAUUGAAAGGAGGGUGUAAAUUGUCACUAGAGAGUCAUAGAGGUGUCAGACAAUUCUUUCUUGGUUGUGAAGAAUUAGUCGAGAUUCAGGGUCGGUUCAAGCUGGAACCUUUAAGUAGCAAUCAACUUGAUAAGUUAGAGCGCUUGUUUGGAUUGAAGGCUUUGCAAAACAAGCGGUUGGAUUUUUACAAUGACUUCACAAAGACUUUGAGUAAGGCUCGUCCCAUUCAGGGUUUUUCUGAUUUUAUGGAUCGGGUUUAUAGCAUUUUUCUUCCGGGAGGAGUGAUUCCCAAUUUCUUUAAUCAUAAGAAUAAUGGUGUGAGUAUAGCUGUAGAUGUGUCACAAGUUUCAAGUGGAAUUUUCCAAGGGCUUGCGGUAUAUGUUGUUUAUUAUUCUGGAAAGGCUUUCGAUUCAGGUUUUCCACUUCUGUGUUUAAAAAUGGAGGAUAUCAAUUCGUCUGGUUGCUUCUACUACUAUAAAUACACUCCCCAGUUCAUUGGGUACCAUGAUAUAGAUGAGGUCAUGUGGGUCAGCUACUGGAGAGCUCCAAGUUUGGUGAAUAAAUGCAAGAUAUUCAGGAUUGAAGUAGAAAAUGAAGGAUCCCAUCCCUUGAUGUUAAAAAGGAUUGGUUUUCGCCUCUUGUCUGAAGAGGAGCUAGACCUAGUCCCACUGUUGUCUGGUAAAUCCUUAACUUCUACAGUUCACACGCCGUUGAAGCUAUGAAGUAUUGCCAAAGUUUUCAAUUGCAAGAGAGAAUCCAGCAAGAUUGAUGAUAUAGAGUCAAAUGCUGUCUAAUUGUUCAAGAAUUCCAGAACGUAACAUGUAUUGUUUAUGAAUCCCAGUGAGAAAUAAUGUAAAACAAUGUCA